AUGCAAGGUUUAUGGGAGAUCAAAGUAGAUUGGGAUGAUCCACUUCCAGAAUCGUUCCUAGAUAAAUGGGUAAACUUCCAAGAAAGUUUAAAGGACGUAUACACUUUAUGCGUACCAAGAUUAGUUGUCAAUUCGUUGGGAACAAGUCAAUUAUUCAUACAAGGAUUCUGCGACGCGUCCGAAAGCGCAUACGGCGCGUGCAUCUAUGUGCAAUCAGUGAACAAUUGUCAGGACAAGAUAUCGAGUCGAUUACUCUGUUCAAAGGCUAGGGUAGCCCCUUUAAAGAAACAAACCGUACCAAGAUUAGAGCUAUGUAGCGCGUUACUGUUAGCAAAACUACUUGAUAAUGUGAAAAGGGCAAUUCGAGUCAACAUUGAUGGUAUAUAUGCAUGGUCAGACUCCAUGGUCGUACUGCACUGGUUGCGUGGUGACACAUCGCGCUGGAAGCCAUUUGUAUACAAUCGUGUGGCGGAAAUACUGGAAAUCCUGCCAGCGAGUCAAUGGAAUCACGUCAAAGGUUCCGAAAACCCUGCCGAUUUAAUCUCAAGAGGCGCCACUCCUGCUCAACUAAAGGACAGCAGCUUGUGGUGGAAUGGCCUUGAGUGGCUAUUGAGUAUACGUCAAUCUACAAACCAUGAAGAGUCCAAUUGGGAGCUCUACGAAGAAGAUCUUGCCAGUGUUGAAUUCGAGAGCAAAGGAGAAGUACGAUGCUGCAAUGUAAAUGCACAACAGGCAUCUUCAUAUGGCGAAGCAAUAGCCAAGCUAAUCGAACGCUGCUCCACGUUAACAAAAAUAGAGCGAUCACUCGCUUAUUGUAUUCGAUUUGUCUCCAACUGCCGCAAAAAAGGGGAGAACAAAAUCCUAACCAGGUUAACUCUGUCAGAAAUAGCAACCGCGCAUAUGGAGUUAAUCAAACAUUCGCAACUCAUUUAUUUUCCAGAUGACAUAAAGGAUUUACGAGUUAAGGGCGAACUGCGCCAAUCAAGUCAACUGAGCCAAUUGCAAGCCUUCCUUGACAAAGAUGAUGUCCUCAGGGUGGGCGGUCGUUUACAAGAAACUCCAUGGACUUUCGAGAGAAAGCAUCCAAUCUUAUUGUCAGGUCAAUGCAAAAUCACGCGUUUGCUAAUUGAAAAAGAGCAUCGUGCCCUACUACACGCUAGUCAGCAACUAUUGCUGUCAGUUAUACGACAGAGUUAUUGGCCAUUAAACGCGAGGAACAUAGUGAGACAAGUAUGCCGUUCUUGCGUCUGGUGCUUUAAAAAUAAUCCAAGGGGACUCACACAAGCAAUGGGUUCGCUACCCAGCGACAGAGUCAAACCAUCUAAGCCAUUCGAUAUUAUUGGAGUCGAUUUUGCCGGACCAAUCAUUACACUCGUCAACAAAGGACGUGGCCGGAAGACAUUCAAAUCAUAUAUAGCAUUGUUCAUAUGCUUUGCUACUAGAGCAAUCCACCUAGAGGCAACGAGUGAGCUAACCACGGCAGCCUUCAUGGCAACACUACGCAGAUUCAUAGGACGACGAGGACUUCCAAGGAAGAUCUGCAGUGACAAUGCUACAAACUUCGUAGGAGCGAAGCGAGAGCUGGAGGAACUAUACGCAUUCGUUCGAUCUUCUAUCGACGGAGCGGUCGGCGACAACUUGCAAGAAAGGGGAAUAGAAUGGAGUUUUAUUCCUCCUUACUCGCCCCAUAUGGGAGGCCUCUGGGAGACAGGAGUUAAAUCCUGCAAAUAUCAUCUCGAGUGA